UCGGAACCUUUCCGCCCGGAACUACUAUCAGUGGACAUUGCAUCAGCCGUACAGUUGACAGUGAGAGACAGUGUAUCCACGAGUGUGUAGACUUCUGUCCCCUGUAGUUCGGGUACUAGUCUCUGACUGUGAGUAGUAGGCUCUGCCGGGUUCUUCAGGUCCGCAUGGAGAUAUUAGGAAGUACGUUUGACGACUCUGUGUUUUCGGAGGCGAGAGACCGAGUGUGUGCGUCUCUGUCUUCAUACAACGCUAAACUGUGCGAACCAGAGUGGUUUUGUGAGAGCGCUGCUCUCGAUACAGACGAUUCCCUGGAGAAACAGAAAGUUUACAAGUUCAGAGGUGACUUGGCCGUGAGACAGGGGAACUAUCAGAAAGCCUUGGAAGCAUACAGCUGCUGCCUAGAGUGGCUCGCUGACAACAACUUGACCAUCAGAAGAGAUGUCCUGGAGGGAAUGGCUCGAUGCUGCACCAAACUGGGACAGAGAGAGAGGGCUGUGCACUUGGCUGACUUACUGAGGAAAGAAGCCUCCAACACCAGUCACCUGACCAGCCUCCUGCUGCUGAAGGUUUGCUCUAGAGAGAACUUUGUGCAGUCAUCCACUUGA